ACAGCUUGUCAGCUUUGGCCCUGCCCACUGGCCUGUGAAACAAGGGAGUUGUGUUUUUUUCCCUUGGCUGAGACUCUGAAGUUCCCCGAAGGACGAGGAGGAUCCUUGUUGUUGAGACAGGCGUUAUUGCUCUGGAGUGUUGACGCUGUCGAUUCUAUUUCUCUCCCUCCACCCAUCUCUCAAAAAUAGGAGAAAACGCAAAGCUCUGCUAUUGCUGCUAUUAAAAUCCCCCUUUCACUCUUUCUUUCUCCCUCGUUCUCUGACAAAUUAGAGAAAAUACUACCUCUGCUACCACUGCAAUUUUGUCUGUUUUGUCUCUUUCUCCCUCUCCCUCUCACUUUCACUCUCGCCCUCCCUGUCCAUCUAUUUUGUGCUUGGGGCUGAUCAGUUCAGAAGGAGCUAUGUUGGAGGGGCUUUUACCCCAGAUGCCCCCACUUUUGACCCUUCUAGGGGUGGUGCUGGUGCUGUUUCUGCUCUACCUGCUGUCUUCCACCCCUGGGCAGGGAAAAGACCCACCGGGACCCAGACCCCUGCCCCUCCUUGGGAACCUGCUGCUCCUGGACCUCAAACAGCUCCACCUGUCUCUCUGUGAGCUGUCCAAGAAAUAUGGAUCUGUGUUCACCAUAUACUUGGGCCCCAAGAAGGUGGUUGUCCUGGCAGGCUACAAGACGGUCAAACAGGCGCUGGUCAACUACGCUGAAGAGUUUGGAGACCGGGAAAUUGCAGCCAUGUUUACAGAUGCUUUUAAAGGGCAUGGUGUGCUGUUCUCCAACGGAAACUCCUGGAAAGAGAUGAGACGCUUCUCCCUCACCAACCUGCGCGACUUCGGAAUGGGCAAGAGGGGGAGUGAGGAGAAGAUCAUCGAGGAAUCGCGAUACCUCAUCGAGGUGUUUGAGAAUUUUAAGGGCAAGCCGUUCAACACCACUCAGCCAGUCAAUUACUCCGUCUCCAACAUAAUCAGCGCCAUCAUGUAUGGCUGCCGCUUUGACUACGCUGACCCCGCCUUUCAAAAAAUGGUCGACAGGGCAAAUGAAAAUAUUCGACUCCUUGGUUCAGCUGAAAUACGGUUGUACAACAUGUUCCCCUGGCUGCGCUGGUGCUGUGGCUGGUGGCUGGUAAAUCGGACCCAGAUUUUGAAGAACUUCGAAAAGAACAUUGAUGAGAUUACGGGGUUGGUGAAGGGACUGAAGAACACACUCAACUCCCAGGACCUCAGGGGAUUUGUGGACUCCUUCCUGGUUCGGCAGCAGGAGGAGUCAGACCAGCUGGGUUCCUACUUCCAUAACAACAACCUGCACUAUACUGUCAGCAACUUGUUCGGAGCAGGGACAGAUACCACUGGAACCACCCUGAGAUGGGGUCUGCUGCUGAUGGCCAAGUACCCCCACAUACAGGACCAGGUUCAGGAGGAGUUGAGCCGGGUCAUUGGGGACCGGGAACCCCGGGUGGAGGACCGGAGGAACCUGCCCUACACAGACGCUGUGAUCCACGAGAUCCAGAGACUGGCUAACAUUGUACCCAUGAGCCUUCCCCACACCACCAGCUGUGACGUCACCUUCCAGGGAUACGUCAUCAAGAAGGGAACUACAGUGAUCCCACUCCUGACGUCGGUGCUGCAGGAUGAGGAGGAGUGGGAGACCCCCCACAGCUUCAACCCCGGCCACUUCCUGGAUGAGAAGGGCUGCUUCAUCAAGAGAGACGCCUUCAUGCCCUUCUCUGCAGGGCGACGGGCCUGUCUGGGAGAGAGUCUGGCCAGGAUGGAGCUCUUCCUCUUCUUCACCUUCCUACUGCAGAGGUUCCGCUUCACACCACCGCCAAGGGUGUCGGAGGAUGAGCUGGACCUGACGCCGACUGUGGGGUUCACCCUCAGCCCUUCCCCCCAUCUGCUGUGCGCUGUGAGCCGGACCUAAACCCCACUCCAGCUGAUGGAUGUGAACUUAAGCUUUUUUGUUCUUCACUAAACCUUUCUUUGAUCAUGACUUACUGUGAAUGUUUAUAUGUUACAUUACAUUACAGGCAUUUGGCAGACGCUCUUAUCCAGAGCGACGUACAACAAAGU